AUGGCCCAACUCAUUUCGCAAACGCACUGGAGCUUGUCUUACGCUUCAUCCUCUCCCUCAUCAUCAUCGUCGUCGUCAUCCUCGUCAUCAACAGCAGCGGUCGCAGCACCAUCGGCAAACACUGCUGCACCACCAGUAUCACUCUCAGCGUAUGCAGCGCUUGCAGACAGGCAGCUUGGGACGGACGAGAUUCACAUGCUCGGCUGUCGGCUGUGGCAUCGAGGGUUGGGCGGGCUUUUGAAUCCAAGCGCGCUUCAGGGCAAUGACGACGAUGCUCGCAACCACCGCCGGUUCAAGAUACAUCACGUUCCGGGCCACUGGGUGCUGUCUGCGUCAUACGACGGCACGGUGUACGUGGCAGACUCAUCAACGCAGUCUUCCACCGAGGACAGACAGCGGUGCCUGGGCCACCAGCUGCGCAAGCUGUACAACAUCGAGGCAGACCACGUCGUGCACCUCAGGGAUGUGCCACAGCAGCAAGACAGUGUGUCGUGUGGCCUGUUUGCGCUGGCUUACGCCACACUGCUGGCUGCUGGCCUGCAUCCACUCGACUUGAACAGCGUCAGCAUGACGGUACACCAGCUGCGCACGUGGUACUUGCAGUGCGUGGCUGAUCGGGAGCCAGAUGUUGUGGAGGCGCUGCUCAUGAAGCUGCUACAAGAGGCACAACUCGACGACAACAACAACAACGACGACGACAACGACGACGACGACAAUGACGACGACGACAACGGCCUUGAGUCGCCACUCCACCAGCGACGCUGCCUUUUUGUCUUGCAGAGGCAACGGUCCCUCCACUUGCAGCCGACAAGAGAAGAGGAUCGAAUGGCCUUCUCUGCCACAAGCGGCGAGGUGCAACAACUCUGCAGCUUCAGCAAGAGCCCCCACCACCCUUUCCAAGCAUACACCACGCCGGGCGCCGAGUUGGAGACGGAGAUAGCACAAGCCAUCGCGGAUCUGCACCUCGGCGACGACGGUCCCCGUGACACGAGGGACGUUCUAAACCACGACGCUCGCAGCUUGCAGCAGUUCCUGGCCCAGAUCAUGGACAGGAAGGCGGGCUGGGACGAGAACCCACGCAACCGAGCCAUUCAACGAGGAGCCAGCCUGCACGGCGGCUACGAGUGGCUCCUGGCCCUGCCCAGCUGCAAGGACCUGCGGAUGUCGGACAAGGUGUUUCGGUUUGCUCUUAGCCAGCGGAUUCGGACACCUUGUUCCGAGUCGCGCGCAUCAGGCAGCUGCUACUGCUGCGGGCGUGAGAUGAAGCUGGACCACGCAGAAGUCUGCGACUCCACAAGAACGGGCCGGCACGACUACAUGCAGAGCGCCAUCUCCCGGGCCUUCAUGCAGCUCAACCGCCGCGCGACACAAGAGCCCUCCGGCUUCCCAGGCGCAGGCGGCAAGCGCGGUGACAUCCUCAGCUUCGACAAGCCGCCAAAGUCAACCUCUACGCGGCGUCGCAGGCGGAAACAACGCAAGAUCAAGAAGUACCCAGGCCCAUCCUACGCCGACCAGGGCGACUUCACAUUUGUGCCGAUUGCGAUCGAGGCUGGCUCGGGCGCCUGGGGCUCGAAGUUCCGGAAGUUCUUCAGCAGCGACCUUAUGUCCACGACGGACCCACAAACACCACCACACGUGCGCACUUGUACCUCCAUGCACAGCAGCACGUACUGGCGGCAAGUGUUGUCCAUCGCGAGAUGCAAGGCUGAGUGCUACGCGAACCUCCGGUGCAUCGGCCAGAUGCCUCACGACAAGCGGGGCAAAAAACCAGCCGGGCUCGGUCCGGGAGAGAGACACACGCACUCCCCGCCAGAGCACCCAGACGGUACAGCGGACGCGCGCUCAAGCCCAGCGCAACCACCAACAGGACAAGCGCACCCGCAAGCGCAAGCAUCCGCAGACCACACCCCCCGACCACAGCGGCCAACGCAGCAAUGA